CAGCCCUUUCUUAAUGCCUUACCAAUUAACUGAGAUCCAGCGAGGAUACACUAAGAUUUAAACUUUUCCAUUAAGGUCCACUUUAUAGGUUGAUCAUGGAUGCCUUCAGUAAAGCGGUUUUGAACUUCUCAAUGGACCUGUUCAAAGAAAUGCAGAAAACUGAACAAAACAAGAACAUAUUUUGUUCACCUCUCAGCAUUUUUAUAGCAUUGAAGAUGCUUUUGUCAGGAGCAUGUGGAAUUACAAAGUCUCAAAUAGGAAAGGUUCUUCAUGCUUCACAAGAAGGUUCAAGUUCAAAACAGUGUGAAGAAGGACAACAAUCAAGUAUCAAAGAACUUCUGAGUAUCCAGACAGGCAACAAUAAUGAAUUAAUGAUUGCGAAUGCAGUAUAUGUAGAGGUGUUAUUUCCAAUUCUAAAAAACUAUUUAGAAACUUUAACAAAAGACUACGGGGCAGAGAGCAAUAAUGUGGACUUCAAGACUAAUGCAGAAGUAGAAAGACAAAAAAUAAAUGAAUGGGUAAAAAGCAAAACCAAUGGUAAAAUAAAUGAACUGUUUCCUCAAGGAUCAGUUAAUAAUUCAUCAGUUUUGGUCUUGGUAAAUGCAGUUUACUUUAAGGGAACAUGGGCAAACAAGUUUGAUGAAAAAAAUACAAAAGAAGGAACAUUCCACAUGAAUAAGACUGAAACGAAGAAAGUUCAGAUGAUGUCUAAAAGUGGGAAGUUCAAAUGUGCUGAGCUGCCAGAAAUAAAGAGCAAGGCUCUAGUGGUGCCAUAUGAGUAUGACAUAAGCAUGAUCAUUGUGUUGCCAAAUGAAAUUGAUGGACUACAGGAGGUUUUAAAAAAUGCAAAUGGUGACCUAAUCACCAAAUGGCUCCAAGCACAAAACCUAACAGAGACAGAGGUUGAUCUGACAAUGCCAAAAUUCACAAUGGAAGGAAGCUAUGAUCUAAUACCAAUGCUAAAGUCAAUGGGAAUGACAGAUGUGUUCCAAGAAAAUGCUGAUUUGUCAGGAAUAUCGAAGACAAAGGGCAUACAUGUGUCAACUGUAGUCCACAAAGCAGUUAUACAAGUGAAUGAAGAGGGCACUGAAGCAGCUGCUGCCACUGGUGUUGGAAUAGGUUUAACAAGUUUACCUAUAAGGACACCAUUCCAUAUGGACCAUCCCUUCAUAUUUCUCCUGAUAAGAAAGCCCACAUUGAUUUUAUUUCAAGGAGUUGUAGUCUCUCCAUGAAUACUGGGUGCAUUAUUAUCAGUUUGAGAAAAUUUAUAGAAAUUAAUUGAUAUGUCUACAUAAGUACCAAGAGCUAUACAAUAAAGUGUACAGCAACAUGUUU